GCAACUGCGGAAGCGCCAAGAUGUCCAGCAAAAUUCCAUACGUGAAGCACAACAACGGCACCCAAAUUCAGUCCAUCGGCUUGGGCACCUACACGUCGCUUGGUGGCGAUUGCGAGCGGGCCACGAUGCAUGCGAUUGAUGUGGGCUACCGGCACAUAGACACCGCCUACUUCUACGAGAACGAGAACGAAGUGGGUGCAGCUGUCCAGCGGAAGAUUGCCGAGGGCGUCAUCAAGCGGGAGGACAUCCACAUUACCACCAAGUUAUGGUGCCACUUCCAUGAGCCGGAGAGGGUGGAGUACGCCUGCCGCAAGACUCUGCAGAACUUUGGACUGCAGUACGUGGAUCUCUACCUGAUGCACUGGCCCUACUCCUAUGUCUACCGCGGCGACAACGAGAUGAUGCCCACCGAUGCCAAGGGCGAGGUGGAACUCAACGAUAUCGAUUACCUGGACACCUGGCGCGCCAUGGAGAAGCUGGUGGAACUGGGCCUGACCAAGAGCAUCGGCGUAUCCAAUUUCAACUCGGAGCAGUUGACUCGCCUGCUGGCCAACUGCAAGAUCAAGCCCAUCCACAACCAGAUCGAGUGUCAUCCUGCGUUGAACCAGAAGAAAUUGAUUGCGCUGUGCAAGAAGAAUGACAUUGUGGUGACCGCCUAUUGUCCCCUGGGCAGACCCAAUCCUGUCGAGAAGACGCCCAACUAUAUCUAUGAUGCCAAGGUGCAGGCCAUUGGAGACAAGUACAAGAAGUCCACUGCCCAAGUGGUGCUCCGAUAUCUGAUUGAAAUUGGAACUAUACCGCUGCCCAAGUCCUCCAAUCCCAAGCGCAUCGAGGAGAACUUCAAGAUCUUCGAUUUCCAGCUGGAUGCUGAGGAUCAUGCCGUUCUGGACUCGUAUCACACUGGAGAACGCCUGAUUCCCAUGACCCACGCCAUCAAGAGCAAGAACUAUCCAUUUAACAUCGAGUUUUGAGCCGAAAAGGAGGUCCAUUGUUUGAUAUUAAAGAGGUUGUUACAUCUGAUGUUUUGUGUAAAUAUAUGUUUUUGAAAAUAUACAGCAAUCAUUAUGUUUGA